UGUGUGUGUGUGUGUGUGUGUUGUGUAAUGCUUGGUUUAUCAUGGCGGAUUUGGGAGGAGGAUUAGACAAGAUAUCUGCGUCAAACUCUUUGGACAAAACCAAUAUAAUUGCUCCAAAAUACCGAACUGAGUCUGACAUGAUCGCCACAAAAACAAAGAACCCCGAUCAUGAUUCGGAAAGUAAAAGAGGCCCAGGCGGUCCUGCGACAGCCUCGGAAUACUGCGCGAAGGUACAGGAGUGGAUAUGGCAGUACUACGGGUAUAUGAACUGGCAGACCUGGCAGAACUGGAUGGCGAUGCCUGUUUCCCCCUUUCCUCCUUAUUAUUCUUCGUACCCAGCAGCAACACAGAACGGGACCACGCCAGCUUGGCAAAUUGGUCAAUCCGACCAGGAUGUUCGGAUUUGGUAUAAUGGUAAUGUCAAUCAGUUCCCCUUUACUGUCCCACCUUAUUUCCCCCCGGUUGCAGUCGCCGGUGUUCAUGGACAGGUAGCAGCUGGGACAACCCCCGUGUCUACGACAAGACCAGUGCAGCAGCAACAUGCAAAUGUACAGCAAGCAGGUCGUGAAUAUACAAUUCCUUCACUUCUACACAGAUUAAUAGCUGAAAUAGUAGACUUCUUCAUUCUGUUCUUCAUAAAGGCUUCCCUUGUUUUAAGUAUCAUGCACUUCAGUGGAAUGAAGGACAUUUCUAAGUUUGCGAUGAAUUACAUUGUUGAGGAAAUCGAUGAAGACACUUCCAUGGAAGAUUUGCAGAAAAUGAUGAUCAUAGCUCUGGUCUACAGGGUGUUAGUUUGCUUCUAUGAGAUAAUUUGCAUCUGGGGAGCAGGCGGGGCCACUCCAGGCAAGUUUCUGCUUGGCCUUCAGGUCGUCACUUGUGACACGUCUGUGCUUGUCCGGCCUAACCGAGUGCUUGUAGUGCCUGCAUCUAAUGUCAGAUUGUCAGCGUCUAUGGUACGAGCGCUGAACAAAAACUUCUCCAUUGCCUUCUUCUUUCCUGCUUUCAUCACGCUACUGUUUUUCCAGCACAACCGAACUGUCUACGACAUUGUGGCUGGGACGAUCGUGGUGAAACGAAAUGGGGCCAGACGAUGAGAUAUGGAUCCAGUCGUUAAGCUAAUGCAGUUUGUGGUACCCCCACCAGAUCUGAAAUUCAAUACGGACAGCAACCUGUAGGAGGAAGAAGAAAAAAGUUGCUGAAAAAUAACAAAAAAGAGAGAAAAUAAAUUGGAGUAAUAGAUGACUUGCCCUUUCAAGACGAAAGAGAUGGCUUGAUGCUAAUUUUAGGUGCAGUACCUAAUUUGAAUAAUGUUGUGCUGCUGCUCCUUCAGAACCUGCACUUUGUAAUUUUUUUCAGGAAAGAAAAAAUAGUAUUUCACAUUUCAGUCUUUACUGGCUUUAAUAUGAUAUUGAAUAUAAAAUAGAAUUGAAUAUCAAAUAUAUAAUCUGCACUUCCCUGUUUUUGUCAGUUUCAGUUGUUAUGGGCAAAACAGGUGGUGUCAGGUUCUUUUGUAUCCAACAUGACACAAAUUAAUAAUUUCCAAAGGACAUUCUCAAUAACUUGCUUUGCUGCAGUUUUCCACCCCUAACUUCCCUUUUGAGAAACGUAAGGUUGUGCUCAGUGAUAAAUGGUCGCGUAUACUUCCAGAACAAUUUAAACACCCAGCAGACUUGUCACAUUGAGUUAGUGUCUCUCACGCUGCCCUUGGGGCAGUUGUAUGUCUGCUUUCUAUUUUUUUGUUCAAAGCUUGUAUGUCUACAGCGCCUACCUGAAAUGGAUCAAACUAUUAUAGAAUUGCCAAGUACUAAGUCACAGUAGCAAAACCAUUGUGAAAGUUGCCCUGUGGUACAUUAGUAAUUUCUAAGGUUUUAAAGCUUAAAGAGCAGCAUGUCAGAUACUGUAAAGUGUGCUGAUCAGUUUUAACAGACAGCGGUUUAAAGUGUUGAAUCAGCUAAGAGACAGCGCAGGUGCAACUUGGCACAGAGUGGAUGUUCUUGAUACAAUAUUUUUACAAUGUUUUGGUUUAAAAAAAGAAAUCGGUGACAUCCUAAUCUUGAUAAUUUUUCUCUGUUAUAAAGUUUCUUGUAACUUACAAGCUGUUUCAUUUGAGUUCUACACACACUUUUUGGUAAGGUUUGCUAUUGUAUGGGAUUGACCAACUUGCAGUUGUUGAUACAGGAGAACAGUGUUUAAUUUAAAUCUGUAUUAUAAGUCUUGUCUCCAUUCUAACUCUAGUAAUUCCAGUUAGUUAUUCUUCAGUCAAGAACAGUUCCAGCUAUAUCCAAAAUAAGCAAAAACAAAACGCAAGCAGUUGGAAAGAAACGUUUUCAAACCAGCCAGAAGACUUUGGUUUCAAAGAUCUUCUAAUUCUGAGCCAUUAAUGUUGCAUGUAGCCUUCCCUUUUAGGAACAGGUUUUUAUCGAAAUACAUGUCUGUGAUUGCUGUUGCUGGAGAUGCUCAACAAGAACGGAUAUGAUCAGAACAUGACAAUACAGAGCAGUGGAAAUGUAGCUUAAGAAUAGAAUUCAUUUCGAUACAAGUUUGAGUGUAUUUUUAAAUAUUAGGAUCUUUAAUGACAAGGCAGCUUGUUUACAUUUUAGAUUGUGAUUGCAAUAUUUUGGGUCUCUGAAACAACACUACUCUAUUUUGAUUACACGUUAGAAUAGUUUUUUAAUAGAAAUUUAUUGUGUGACAUUGUCAAUUUUUGAAGGAUUGUUCUUAAAUAAAUCUAAUCUGACUGUUAAAUUAAUUAUAACAAAGUUAUAUCCUACAAUAUAAAAGGGUUAUUUUUGCAAACACAUAAAGUAUUUUGGUGAAACAGUGAUAUUGUAGUAAUUUCCUAAAACAUUUCAACAAGUUCUUAUUAAUGAUUACAUUUUACAGAAUUUAAGUAUAAUAAAUAAGCUAUUGCAUUUCUUUGAGUACUGAUCAUACUAUAUUUUUGAUGGUCUCUUGAUUUUGGUAACAGUGAACAGCAAAAUCACGUCUUUGAACAGUUGAAGCUUAUGAUUCUUUCCAUUACCCAAAAGAGACAUCGGCUACUACAUUGCCUUCAUUAUAUAUAUGUAUGUUACGACUAGCAGUAAAUGUUUUUUGUUUUUUUUUAAUGCUUAAAUCAUGCAAUUCCUGAAUUAAGUUUUAGUUUUUCAUUGUUUGUAAUUAUUUUCACUUGACAAUUUAGCAGUACACAACACUUUCCAGUUAUAAACAAGUAAUGUGAAACUCAGUGUAAUUUAAAGUAAACGUUAUGCAUGUGCGCUCAUGUUACACGGGAGUUAAGCACACGCACACUGCUGCUGUUAUUGUAACAGACUAAAGAAUUUGCAUACAGCAGAAAGAUAGCAAAACUAACAAAUUAACAUAAAUCUGGGGGUUAAAAAAAAAAAAAAAAACCUUAAUAUAUGCAAAAAUGUCCUGUUUUACAAACGUACAAACGUUUUGAUAAUUGAAGCCAACCAAUUUGCAGAGAGGAUUUGUCACAGCGACAAGGUAGAGCUACAGAGCUAGGUUAAUUUCAGCGUUGUACAGCACAUGCAAACCGUAAAACACGCUGAGCACCAGUCAGUGUAACUUGUGAAGCUUUAAAAAUAAAUAAAUAAAAACACAGCCAUUCAAUGUUAGAAUUUACUGAUUUUUUUUUUUAUUGAUUUUUUUUAACUUACAUUUUAUUGGAAAUUAACUAAACUGAAAAUUUUGAUUUGAACAUUGAUCAAAUUUUAUUGUGACUUUGUCAUAAUACAUUUAAAAGAUAAAACGUGAUUUGUUUCAGUUAAUUAAAAAGUGGAGAAGUGUCUGUCUUUUAUAGUAAUGUAAUGUUACCAAACAUUUCCAGUUAACACAAUCAGUUUUUUUCAGUGCAUCUAAACAGUGGGAGAUUUAAAUACUGAAUUAGGAUCAAACCUGUAAUUUGACUUACUUUUAAAAGCACACAUGCACUUAAGAGGCUGUUAGAGAUGUUGGCUUUGUCAAAACCCAUUCUUUUAAUGAUUUAAACAACUGCAGUAUUUAGAUUCAUCACCGUUCAGAUCAAUUUAAUAGACUCCAAUAUGUAGUCUUAAAACAAAAAACUGGUCGUCUUUGUUUUAUGUAAUUUUAACAGUUCAUAUUGACUCUCUUCUUUUUAUUAUUUCAAAACAGCAUAAAGCUAAGACAUGGGAAUAGUUUAUACAAGAACUGCUUUAAGUACCAAGUACAUCAGCCAUCUAGCAUUCAUGUAUUUUGUAUUCAAUUUGAGAAGUAAACUAUUUCCAAGUUCUGUCUGGAUUUGAGGUGGACAUGUAUCUGUACUUUUUUUUUAUUCCUGUUCUACCAGAAAUAAAAAUACAGAUCGAAUGCGUUAGGAUGGUAUUCAAAUUGCAUGCAUUGCUAAAAUCUGUAUUAUGAAAAAUCAACAAAUGUGUUUUUGAAUUGUAAGUUGGAAAAUACAGUAUGACUUACAGUAUUACUAUGUUUUAGAUUUAAAUUUGAAUUGAAUUUAUAGUAUUUUAUAAAAUAUUAAAGAAAAUGU